AAACAUCUUUACAACGAGCCAGUGCCGUUAAACUAACUUUUCGUAUUGAUGAUGUCGAUCAAGAUAUUUCAACUACUGAUGCACCAACAUUUUUUGUCCCUGAAACUCCAAAUAGUUCCGAAGUUAAUUUUAGAGAAUUAUAUGAACAUCGACACUUUAUAUCAAAUGAUGUCGAAGAAUCACCAAUACAUUUUACUCCUAUAGAUAGACAAGAAUCUGUACAAUCGACAGUAACAACAGCAAGUGAAGAGAAAAAAAUAAUUCCUGAUUCACCAUUAGCAUAUUAUGAAUUGCAAGAAAAACGUCAUACAUUAAUGUCUCCUCA